GAGCUGGAAACGACUGGCUGUCUCGGUCACACACGUUGCAGUCAUCGGUAGAAGAAAUUAUGGGGGAGUUCAUUUAUGGCGUAGCAAUGCUGCAUCUUGAGCUUAUAUUUCAGAUUUUUUUGGUUUAGCCUUUCAUUUUAAGGCGGCGCAGAAGGAGGGCAAUUUUCUCUGCUCUCUUUUGAGCUCCAUUUUGGCCCAUUUUGUGCCGCAGCAGAUAAUAUUGCCUAAGAUCCAUCAAGGGGCUCUGCAUAUUAAGAUUUGAUUGUUGGAGUUGGACAAUCUGCCAAAAGAGAAGCAAUAGAGGAUUUUUCUGGGGUAUUAGUUUCUGGCAUUCGUAAGCGGCAUAUGAUAUUUUUUGCUCUCUUUUUGAAUUACUGAACAAUUCUAUAUAGUUGCAGCCAAUACAGGUCAAGGUGUAUCUGUGAUUUAAUGAACCAAGACAGGGUUCCAGAUCCAAAAACUAGAAUACUGGGAAGGUGUAUGGAAUACAUUGUUGUUACUUCGUUAUUUUGAUUCAGACUCGCAGUGUGCGGUGAAGAGAUCGGUGGAAAUUGAAGCUUAUCGUGCUUGAUCCACUGCUGCAAUAGUUGGAUCAAGCUUUGCAGGAAUCAUUGCAGUUAGAGACAGCAACAAUUUCGACUUAUUGAAAGGGUAUAGUAAGGGAUAUCAAAGCUGGCGGCUGCAGUUGCGUGGAGGUCUGGCAAUGGCAAUGGGCCUGCGCCAAAUGGUGUGGAAAGGCAGCAGGGAUUACUGAUUUCAAAGUCUCACGAGUCAGAGCCUGCAACUCCUCGUUCAGUUGGCAAGAUAGGAUUGAGAGAUCGCAAUAAUAUGGAAGAUCCAGAUGGGAUCCUUGCUAGUGUUGCCCUAUGCAUCGAACAGUUGCGAAAGGCUACAUCAACAAUGCAAGAUAAGGAGAAUUCGUUGAAGCAAUUAUUGGAUUUGAUUGAUUCACGUGAUAAUGCUUUCAGUGCUGUUGGUGUCCAUUCUCAAGCAGUCCCUGUAUUAGUCUCUGUACUCAGAUCAGGAUCUCUUGAAGUGAAAAUUCAGGCAGCUAUAGUUUUGGGAUCUCUCUGCAGAGAGGAGGAAUUACGAGUCAAAGUAUUGCUUGGAGGAUGCAUCCCACCUUUGCUUGGCCUUCUCAAGUCUGGGUCAGCAGAAGCUCAAAUUGCUGCAGCAAAAGCAAUACAUUCAGUCUCCCAAGGUGGUGCAAAGGAUCAUGUUGGAUCAAAAAUAUUCUCAACCGAAGGUGUUGUUCCCAUGUUGUGGGAACAGCUUCAACCAGGUGUUAGGAUUGGUAAAUCUGUGGAUGGACUUCUUACAGGGGCAUUGAGAAAUCUUUGUAACAGUACAGAGGGGUUCUGGCCGGCAACAAUAGGUGCAGGGGGUGUGGAUAUCCUUGUAAAAUUACUGACAAGUGGACAUUCUACUGCUCAAGCAAAUGCUUGUUUUCUUUUAGCCAGUAUGAUGAUGGCAAAACCGUCUGUUUGUUCCAAGGUUUUGGAUUGUGGUGCUACUGUACAACUACUUAAACUUUUGACAGCUGGAAAUGAAGUAUCGGUUCGGGCAGAGGCUGCUGGUGCUCUCAAGGCACUUUCUUCCCAGCUGAAGGAUGCAAAAGAUGAUAUUGUAAAGGCUAAAGGAAUUCCUAGUCUGAUAAAUGCAACAAUAGCUCCUUCAAAGGAAUUUAUGCAAGGAGAAUUUGCACAAGCAUUGCAAGAAAAUGCAAUGUGUGCACUGGCUAACAUAUCAGGAGGGCUAUCGCUAGUUAUUAAAAGUCUUGGUGAAAGUCUUGAAUCUUGCAAAUCAGACUCUCAGAUUGCUGACACAAUAGGGGCCUUAGCUUCGGCAUUGAUGGUCUAUGAUGAUAUUGCAGAAAACGCAAGAGCAGCAGAUCCAGUACUUAUUGAACAAGUACUGAUUAAGCAAUUUAAGACUCACUUAUCUUUUCUUGUGCAAGAGCGUACAAUAGAAGCACUUGCUAGCUUGUAUGGUAACAACUACCUAUGUAACAGACUACAAAAUGCAGAAGCAAAGCGUUUUCUUGUGGGUUUAAUCACAAUGGCAGUAAAUGAGGUUCAAGAUGAUCUUAUAAGGUCUCUUAAGAUCCUCUGUGACAGUGCAAGUAAUCUGUGGUGUGCAUUUAAAGGCAGAGAAGGAGUUCAGCUCUUAAUUUCGCUUCUUGGUGUUUCAUCAGAACAGCAGCAGGAAUGUUCUGUAGCAUUGCUUUGUAUGUUAUCAAAUGAAAAUGAUGAAAGCAAGUGGGCAAUUACAGCUGCAGGUGGCAUACCUCCUCUUGUUCAGAUUUUGGAGACAGGAUCUUCAAAAGCAAAAGAGGAUUCUGCGACUGUUCUUGGGAACCUUUGUAGUCACAGUGAAGAUAUCCGUGCAUGUGUUGAAAGUGCAGAUGCUGUUCCUGCAUUGUUGUGGUUGUUGAAGAAUGCAAGUCCUACAGGAAAGGAAAUUGCUGCAAAUACAUUGAACCAUCUUAUUCAUAAAUCAGAUACCAGCACUAUUAGCCAACUCACUGCUAUGCUGACUGGUGACUUGCCAGAAUCAAAAGUUCAUGUCCUGGAGGCACUCAGGUGUCUACUCUCUGUUGCACCCCUUGGUGAAAUAUUACUCAAAGGAAGUGCUGCAAAUGAUGCGUUUGAAACAAUGAUUAGGAUCCUCAGCUCCUCAAAUGAUGAUACUCGAGCUAAAUCAGCUUCAGUUCUUGCUGCUCUAUUCAAGUGCAGGAAGGAUUUACGUGAAAGCAGUAUUGCCAUUGAAAGUAUCAAUCCAGUCAUUGAUCUGCUGCAUUCACAAUCUGAAGAGAUCUGGAUUGAAGCAGCACGUUGUCUUGCUUCUAUUUUCUGCUCUAUAAAACAGAACUCAGAAAUUGCAGAGUUAGCUAGAGAUGCACUUGCACCAUUAGUUGGCCUUGCAAAUUCCUCUGUCAUAGAGGUGGCAGAGCAAGGAACAACAGCUCUAGCUAAUCUUCUUCUAGAUUUUGAAAUUGCAAAAGAAGUACAGGUCAAGGAUAUUGUUUCACCAAUAACUAGGGUUUUGCUAGAGGGAACUAUUGACGGGAAGACACAUGCUGCUGCAGCAAUUGCUCGUCUUCUUCAGUCUCGGAAUAUUGAUGAUAGUCUCUGUGAAUGUAUUCAUCAUGCUGGAACAGUACUUGCCUUAGUUUCUCUUUUGUCAGCUGCCAAUUUAGAAGACGAUGCUACAUCUGAAGCAUUGGAUGCCCUUGCCUCAUUAGCUAGGGUUAAAGGAGGGAUUGAAUAUAGCCGACCACCAUGGGCAGUUCUUGCUGAAGCUCCCCACAGUGUGGGUCCUCUUAUUUCAUGCUUAGCUGGGGGAUCACAUUCUUUACAGGAAAAAGCUAUUGAAAUUCUUUCAAAGCUUUGCCGAGAUCAAGCUGUUGUUUUGGGAGACAUGAUCACUGGCACAAAUGGAUGCAUUACUGCAAUUGCAGAACAAGUCAUAAACUCUGUUAAUGUGGAGGUCAAAGUUGGAGGAACUGCCCUUCUCAUCUGUGCCGCAAAAGAGCAUCGACAUAAAUCAAUGGAAGUGCUUAAUGAAGCUAAAUUGUGUGUUGAGCUAAUACAGUCCCUUGUUAAAAUGCUUGGGUUGAGGCCGUUAGAUUUGAGUCUGGAAACUGACAGUCCUGAAAUUGAAGUGGAUAGAGAUGGAAAUACUGUAAAAGUAACCAAAGAAAGACAUGGAAGAGAGCCAAAUACUGAACUUUCCACAGCUGCUAUUUUAGGGAGCACGGUGGCUAUAUGGUUACUUUCUUUUAUGGCAUCACAUGACAGCAAAAGUAAGUUUGCUGUAAUGGAAGCUGGUGCCAUUGAAGUUCUCACAGAACGAAUUUCACAAUUUUCAUCCCAAAUGGUGCAGAUUGAUACUGAAGAAGCUGGAAGCACAGGUUUAUGUGCUCUUCUAUUGGCAAUUCUAUUUCAAGAUAGGGACAUUAUUCGUGCACCUGCAACUAUGCGUGCAAUACCUGUACUAGCAAAUUUACUGAAAUCUGAAGAGAUUGCAAAUAGAUACUUUGCUGCACAAGCUCUAGCUAGUCUAGUAUGUAAUGGAAGCAGAGGUACUUUGCUUGCAGUAGCAAAUUCUGGUGCUGCUGGUGGCCUUAUAACCUUACUUGGUUGUGCUGAAUCUGACAUCUACAACCUUAUAGCUCUGUCUGAGGAAUUUUCUCUGGUAAGGAAUCCAGAUCAAGUAGCUCUGGAACGGUUGUUCAGAGUUGAUGAUAUUAGGGUUGGUGCAACUUCUCGCAAAGCAAUACCUGCAUUGGUUGAACUUCUGAAACCAAUUCCAGAUCGCCCAGGCGCUCCUUCUUUGGCCCUAGGGCUUUUGACUCAACUUGCGAUUGAUAAUAAUUCAAAUAAGCUUGUGAUGGCAGAAGCUGGUGCUUUAGAGGCUUUAACAAAGUAUCUCUCUCUUGGUCCUCAGGAUGCCAUAGAAGAAGCAACAGCAGAUUUGUUGAGGAUUCUCUUUAGCAGUCCUGAGCUGCGGCGGCAUGAAUAUGCUAAUGCAGCUGUUAAUCAGUUAGUUGCAGUAUUACGCUUGGGUACUAGAGGAUCAAGAUACAGUGCUGCAAGAGCUUUGGAAAGCCUGUUUGAGGCAGAUAACAUUAAGAAUGGAGAAGCAGCCAGGCAGGCAGUCCAGCCACUUGUAGAAAUUCUUAGCACUGGAUCAGAAAAUGAACAACGUGCUGCAAUUGGUGCAUUGAUUGGGUUGCUAUUUCACAAUGAAAACCUUUCAAGAGCACUUGCAGUUGUUGACAUUGAAACAAAUGCAGUGGAUGUGCUGUGUCGUAUUCUCUCAUCAAAUUGCUCAAUGGAACUGAAAGAGGAUGCUGCAGAAUUAUGCUGUGUUCUUUUUGGAAAUACAAGAAUUAGAUCUACAUUAGCCGCAUCCAGAUGUGUUGAACCUCUUGUGUCUCUUCUUGUGUCUGAUUAUAUUCCAGCCCAGCAUGCAGUAGUUCGUGCUCUUGAUAAACUAAUAGAAGAUGAACAAUUGGCAGAACGCAUUGCUGCACAUGGUGCUGUUGUUCCUCUUGUUGGACUUCUGUUUGGUAGGCAUUAUCACCUUCAUGAGGUGGUACUUAAAGCCUUGACAAGGUUGGGCAAAGAUAGACCUAAUUGUAAGCUUGAUAUAAUCCAAGCUGGGGUAGUUGAAAACAUUUUAGAGAUUCUCCCAGAGGCACCAGACUCCCUUUGUGCUGUGAUGGCAGAACUUCUUCGGAUACUGACAAACAACAGCAGCAUUGCAAAAGGCGCAUCUGCUGCUAAAGUAGUUGAGCCUCUUUUCUUUGCUUUAACGCGGCCUGAGCUUGGUGCAGAUGGUCAGCAGAGUGCGAUGAAGGUUCUGGUGAAUAUCUUAGAGAAUCCUCAGUGCCGUGCUACUUACAAGCUAACUCCUACUCAGGCGCUGGAACCCUUGAUUCCUUUAUUGGAUUCACCGUCUCCGGCAGUGCAGCAACUUGCAGCUGAACUGCUUUCUCAUUUACUUCUUGAGGAAGACUUGCAGAGGGACACGAUAACUCAACGAGCAAUAGGCCCUCUAGUGCAGGUUCUGGGUUCUGGUAUUGCCAGUUUACAACAGACAGCGAUCAGAGCUGUUUUAAGUGUUUCACUAACCUGGCCAAAUGAAAUUGCAGAAGUAGGUGGGGUUGUUGAGUUAUCAAAGGUGAUUCUGCAAGCUGAUCCACCACUACCUCACGCCCUUUGGGAAUCUGCAGCUUCUGUGUUGUCAACUAUUUUACAAUUCAGUUCCCAGUAUUAUUUGGAGGUACCUGUUGCUGUUUUAGUAAGAAUGCUCCGCUCUAGUUCAGAAACCACUAUUGUAGGUGCACUGAAUGCCCUUCUUGUCCUAGAGAGUGAUGAUGCAUCCACUGCUGAAGCCAUGGCAGAAAGUGGUGCCAUAGAGGCUCUUUUAGAACUUCUUAGGUGUCAUCAGUGUGAGGAGUCAGCAGCAAGACUGCUAGAAGCUUUGUUGAACAAUAUGAAAAUAAGAGACUCAAAAGCUGCCAGGUCAGCAAUUUCUCCGUUGUCUCAGUAUUUGCUUGAUCCUCAGACUCAGAUUCAACAAGCAAGACUGUUAGCUGCUCUUGCAUUGGGGGAUCUUUUUCAAAAUGAGACACUGGCACGAACAACAGAUGCAAUGUCUGCCUGCCGUGCACUGGUGAAUUUGCUUGAGGAUCAACCAACAGAAGAGAUGAAGGUUGUGGCUGUUUGUGCCUUGCAAAACCUAGUUAUGUACAGCCGUUCAAACAAGAGAGCAGUGGCAGAAGCUGGUGGAAUACAGGUUGUCAUAGACCUUAUUGGUUCGAGUGAAUCUGAUACAGCAAUCCAGGCAGCUAUUUUUGUAAAACUCCUAUUUUCAAGUCAUACAGUUCAGGAAUAUGCCUCUAGUGAAACUGUACGAGCUUUAUCUGUUGCCAUAGAAAAGGAGUUGUGGGCCACUGCAACUGUAAGUGAAGAUUACUUGAAAGCAUUAAAUUCUUUGUUCAGCAACUUUCCAAGGCUCAGAGCAACAGAAGCAGCCACCCUUUGCAUCCCCCAUUUAGUUGCUGCCUUGAAAUCUGGGCAAGAAGCAACACAAGAAGCAGCUUUGGAUUCACUUUUUCUACUAAGGCAAGCUUGGUCAGCAUGUCCAGCUGAUGUUGGGAAAUCUCAAGCUGUUGCUGCAGCAGAAGCUAUUCCAAUCCUUCAGUUUUUAAUUCAGCAAGGACCACCUCGUUUUCAAGAAAAGGCAGAGGUCCUCUUGCAAUGCUUGCCAGGAACUCUAAUGGUUACUAUCAAGCGAGGUAUCAACCUAAAGCAGUCUGUAGGGAACCCAAGCGCAUAUUGCAAACUAACACUUGGAAAUGGUCCUCCAAGGCAGACUAAGGUUGUUUCAACUGGUUCAUCUCCUGAAUGGGAUGAAGCUUUUGCUUGGGCCUUUGAUAGUCCACCAAAAGGUCAAAAGCUUCACAUAUCUUGCAAGAACAAAAGUUCCUUUGGAAAGGGCUCGUUUGGGAAGGUCAGUAUUCAGAUCGAUCGUGUUGUCAUGUUAGGAGCAAUUGCUGGCGAGUAUACCCUUCUACCAGACAAGAGUAAGUCUGGGUCACGAAGUCUAGAAAUUGAAUUCCAAUGGUCAAACAAGUAAUCUUGGGACAAGCAUGUGCAUUCUUGUUUAUAGUUGUAAUUUAAGGCUCCAAAGCACUAUUCUUAACUCUUAAGGCAGAAUGGCUUCUUGUACCUUAGUUUCUCUGCCUUUAAGUUAGUUACUUCACUUGUCACAUUUUCUGUGAAGCUAGCUUGCUCUAAGUUGAUAGUGAAAUGGAAAUGUUCUCUUCUCAGUUAAUAGGUUAUGGGUUUUAGCUACAAGAUGCUAAUUAUUCUUUAAUUUUUAUUUCGGCAAGCAUGUGUCAUAGAAGGAUGACCUUUAGAGAGUUGCACAAGGUUGCCCAGUUCUUGUAUCUUGAGCAAUCAUUUCUUGUGGGUCUGAGAUCAGUUUCUUUGCCAGGGAUAUGUUCUCUGGUUAUUUCCCUUAACUGAGAAUUGAUGUGAGCAGUUGUCCAUGUGAAUUUCAAGAAUUCAGUUUGGUUCCUGUGUAGAGAUUGUCGGAACUAUUUCUUUGAGUGUAUUAAAUAAGUUUUCAUUUUGAAUGGUAAAAAUAAAAAAUGGGAAACAGCAUGUUUGGUGCAUUAACAAUGUACUUCAGUAUUAUGGUA